AUGGCGGAGGUUAACUGGUAUAAUUUUGUAUGGUUUGCUUUGGCAAUUCCUAAGCAUUCUUUCAUUCUAUGGUUGGUUUUUAGGGAUGCUCUUAUUACCAAGGAAAAGAUGUACACUUGGGGAUACACGAGGCCAACGUUGUGCCUCUUUUGUUUUGCUUGUCAGGAGAAUCGAGACCACAUCUUUUUCAGGUGUAGCUUCAGCCGGCAUGUUUGGAGGAAUGUUAUAGUUGAGUGUUUGAUUUUUGACCCUCCUCUGGAUUGGGAAGCUAUUGAUAGUUGGAGUAAUGUUCAUUUGAAGGGGAGAAGUUUGCAUGCUACCAUUUGUAGGCUCUGUUUUGGGGCUACUAUAUAUCAUCUUUGGAGGCACCGAAACGACUUGUUGCAUGGUAAUACUCCUUGUUCAGAUGAGCUCUUGGGUCAGCAAGUGAAGUGGGAAGUUAGAUCUAGGCUGAUUGCAAGAUGCUCGGCUAAGAAGAUUGUGAAUAGCAUAUUGCUGGUUAGGAAAUGA